UCGAGCUCAUAGCGACGGGUGUGACGUGUCUGCGAACCUUCCUCGAGAUGCGUGCUUUUGUUGUGAUACCCCUGCUGGUGGCGAUGGUUCAGACAAGUCCUCAACGCUACCAUCCGUCGACCAAAGUCAUCGCUCGGUCCCAGGGCGCCCACUUGGCUUCCUCGAGCUCGUGUGGUCACCGCCUGGCGAGGAGGGUGGACGGCAAAUGCGUGGUUCCCAAAGUAUCGAAAGACGUCUACUUGUUUAAGGCCCCAAGACACCAAACACCCAUAAUAAAACCGCCUAAAUACAUCCCCAGGCCAAAGGUACACUACAAUUUUGUGUUCGUAAAGACACCAGACGCAGUGGCCGGUCCUAAGCCAGUGAUCGUACCUCCUCCGAAGCAGAAGACUCUUGUGUACUUAUUGAGCCAGAAGCCCAGCGCUGUAGACCAAGACAUCAUCGAAGUUCCUCAUCAGCCAUCACCCCCAGAGGUGUUCUUCGUCCAGUACGAAGAUGGAGACAACACGCUUUUGCCGGGAGGUAUUGACCUGCAGACAGCUUUAGGCCAGUCUGCCGGAGCGGGAGUCAAAACCAACGAUGUUUCCUCCGGCAUCGGAAAUAAUGUGGGUUUUAUAGGAAGUUCUCUUGUCGGGGAUUUGAACGCGGCAUUUGCAUCUGGAUUCGGUGAAGAUUUCGGAGCUGGAUUUUCGAAUUCAGGCUUCGGAGAUUCAAGGGGCUACUUGGGCAGCGGCGUAUCGGGAGGUUUUGGUUCUGGAUUUUCGAGGUCAAAGUUGUCUUCAAAGCGAAGUUCGAAAGGAUAAUCUUAUUGAUAGUUUGCUUAUGCUAAGUUGUUAUUGUAAUUCAUGUCUUUUUCGUUUAUUGCUGUUUAAGUAAGGUAUCAUUCUGGGGCAAAGCGUGUCUGGAACAUUUUUUCAAUGAAGAGGAUUUAUUUAAGUGUUAAUUUAGUCGAGUCAUCACGUUAUAAUGUUCCUUGCGUUCCAUAACCGUGAUGAAAUGUCGGCUUUAGCUCCACAUAAUAUUGCAACACUCAAAAUGUGGUAAGAUUGAAGCUGAAAUACUUGCUUGAGGUUGAAUAGCGUCUUAGAAUUUAUAGCGUUACUUGUUAUCAUCAAACUCUUUGCAUACCUUCAAAUACAUUUACAAAGGCCACAUACGUUCUAUCACAAACUUCUUGUGUAGGUAUACAAUAUCGAAUAUUUCCGAUGUCAUUUUGCGAUGCUCGAUGUUAAUCUUUUUUUUGUACAACUUUGUGUGUUAUUUCCGUGCUUCGAAUACCUGCAGCAGCUGUGGGAAAAUGUUUCCACUUUGUCAAUAAAAAAACUGAAGGUUGAAAGAUUUCGGAACAUCCCAAAGUACAAUUGAAUAAUAAUAGACAUAAAUA